GGCCGCCCCGCACAAAUCCGCGGCUGCGUUCCACCCUUCCGGCCCGCGUUCCCUCCGCCGCCUUCGCCUUCCGCCGGGUGCCGGCCUUCGGUGCGACGGUCGCCGCUUCCAUCGUCGCGCGGCCCUUGCGGCGCCCGAGCCUGCGAUGUCGGGCCCCAACGGGGACCUGAUCAUGCCGGUGGAGGCAGGAGCGGAAGACGAGGACGACAGCUUCGGGGAAGCAGAAUAUGCUGCCAUCAACUCCAUGUUGGACCAGAUCAACUCCUGUCUGGACCAGCUGGAGGAGAAGAAUGACGACCUCCACGCCCGCCUCCAGGAGCUGCUGGAGUCCAACCGGCAGACACGCCUUGAGUUCCAGCAGGAGUUCGGGGAGGCCCCCAGCGAUGCCAGCCCCUAGGCUCCAGGAGCCCCCAGCCAGGCCCCAACCCUGCCCCCGUGGGCCAGGUUCUGGCCUGGGCACUCAUCCCCUGGCUUAGAUACCUUCUCAAAGGCUGGCCUUUGGUGGGUCUGCCUGCCUGGCCACUCCUCCAGCACUCCCCUUGGCCUGCCUGGGCCAGCCUCCACCGCCUGACAUCCCCUCCUGAGGCCAGGUGUGGGCCUGCACCCCCAUCCACUUGCCUGCCUGCCUGCCCAACUCCUGGGCACUCCCCGCUCUGCCCAGGCCGUGACCAUCCACAUUAAAUGGGUCUCCCACA